AUGCCACCAGAAUCCCAAGAGCUGGAGGGACGGGGAUACUGGGGGACCAAAGCCGAGUACAUCCUCACUGUGAUGGGCGCGAUCAUCGGACCUGGGAACAUAUGGAGGUUCCCCUACCUGUGCUACAGAAACGGCGGAGGCGUUUUCUUCAUCCCAUACAUCUUGUUUCUGUUUACAUGCGGAAUCCCCAUAUUCUUUCUUGAGACCGCCUUGGGACAAUACACCAGCCAGGGGGGAAUCACUUGCUGGAGAAACAUUUGCCCGCUUUUCCAAGGCAUGGGCUAUGCCAGUCACCUAAUCAUCGCUUUCAGUGCGACCUCCUAUAUCAUCAUCAUUGCGUGGGCGUUCUUUUACCUGUUCUCGUCCUUCGCUGCGGAUUUGCCUUGGGUCACGUGCGGACACUACUGGAACACAGACUCCUGCUUGGACUACAACCAUCCAAAUCAGAGCCUCAGCAUGACACCCAGACUCAACACCACUCUUCCCGUUGUGGAGUUCUGGCAGCAGCGGGUUUUGAAAAUCUCUAGUGGUAUCGAGGAUGUGGGCAGCCUGAGGUGGGAGCUGGUCUUUUGUCUUAUCCUGGCCUGGGUCAUCUGCUACUUCUGCGUUUGGAAGGGCAUCAAGUCCACCGGAAAGGCAGCCUUCUUCACAGCCACCUUCCCCUAUAUUAUGCUGUUGGUUUUGCUCAUACGUGGUGUUACCCUACCGGGGGCAGUGGAUGGGAUCAUUUACUACCUCUACCCUGAUAUCUCUCGCCUUUCAGAUCCCCAGGUGUGGAUGGAUGCUGGGACUCAGAUCUUCUUUUCUUAUGCCAUCGGCCUAGGGUUCCUAACCUCUCUUGGGAGUUACAACCCUUACAACAAUGACUGUUACAGAGACUGUUUCUACUUGUGUCUGCUGAACAGUGCCACCAGUAUUGUGGCAGGCUUCGCCAUUUUCUCUGUUUUGGGUUUCAUGACAUACGAACAAGGAGUGGAUAUUUCUGAGGUGGCAGAAUCUGGCCCAGGGUUGGCUUUCAUUGUCUACCCACGUGCAGUAGCCAUGAUGCCCAUGCCUCAAGUGUGGUCAGUGUGUUUCUUCGUCAUGAUCAUUCUGCUUGGACUGGAUAGUCAGUUUGUAGGUAUGGAGUGUUUGAUGACGUCAGUGGUUGAUCUGUUCCCAACGUACCUUCGUCAAGGCUGCAGACGUGAGCUGCUUCUGCUGGCUAUCUGCUGUACCUGCUGUCUGCUGGGACUCUCACUGGUCACUCAGGGAGGGAUUUACCUGCUCCAGCUGUUGGAUCACCAUGUCUGCAGCGGCACCACCCUGCUCUUCCUCUCCCUCUGUCAGUCUGUCAGCAUUGCCUGGGUCUAUGGUGCGGACCGUUUCUUUGGCAACAUCACUGACAUGAUUGGUUAUCGGCCGCACAUAUUCAUGAAGUACUGCUGGAGCUACAUUACCCCCCUCAUCUGUUUUGGCACCUUCAUCUUCUCUAUUGUCAAAUACUCCCCACUGAAGUUCAGUAAAACUUAUGUUUAUCCACUCUGGGCCAACAUCUUUGGCUGGUUCAUUGCCACUGUCUCCCUCUCCCUCAUCCCCCUGUUUGUCAUACAUAAAAUAAUGCAGGGAAAAGGCACUCUUCGACAGCGCUUCUUGGUGCUCUGCCAGCCAGUGAAAGACCUCCCCUUGGCUCAAAAAUGGCGUCUUGCACUGGGAACCAACGGCACCACUGCCCACACCGAGCUCAAACCUUUAUCCCAGACUGGGGAAUUCACUCAGUGA